AUGCAUACCGCAGGUGUUAUUUAUGCCGUCCUCCUGAUGGCUCUGCCAUUGGUAGACUUUGCAAUCGCCCAUUCAAGUCCUUACUCAAUCCUUGAUGUGACCGCUUCUGCUUCUCAGGCUCAGAUUGAUGGUGCCUAUGAGGACCUGCUACAGACCUUGCAAGAUCAAAACGAAAAGGGACUGUGGUCGGGAGAAGGCGACCAGGAGCUGCUUGCCAAAAAGAUUGCCGAGAUUCAGAACGCCCACCUUACACUCACUGAUUCUUUGGAGAGAUGCUUUUGGCACCGCGACACUGGUGUUCGAGAUUGGUAUGGUCGACCCUUUCUUUGCUGGGACGAGAUGGUCAAAGACAAGCUCGAGGCGUUGAGGGAUGCUAUUGCCCAGGACGACUUCUCGAAGCUGACCUGGCGGCCUCGCUCUUCCAGAUACUCUAUGCUUCCGGCCGCAAAGCCAGACCAAGAGCCGGCCCAAGUUACUGACAGCUCAUCCACGCAGGAGCCUCUUGUGACUACAACAGAGACGCCCGAACACAAAACUAGCAAGGUCGAUGUUGUCACGGAGCCAGCUGCCAAGGUUACUCCCGAACCUAUCACCACCAAGGCUGCUGACGAAGUGACCAGGGCCUGGUCAACUAUCAGCGCCGUGUUAAGUUACCCUGUCACCGUUGUCAUUCCUCAGCUCGGGACCUGGUUCGCCGCUGCCAAGCCCAUUGUUGUCUCUUACUCCGAGAUGGCUCUGGCUCAGGCCAAGACCUGGUUGGCUAUCCUCUGGGCCUUUGUCUGGCUCGUCGCCACCACCGUCUGGUCCUACCUCACCACCUCCUUCAAGCUCGCUCGGAAAUACCUCGGGCCUCUGGCACCCUCACCUUCAUCGGAAUCUAUCCCCGCAGACGCCGCCCCCCAGCCUACCAUCAGAUCCAAUGCCGGCUUCAACGCCGGCAUUAUCAGGUCUCUGGAUGGUGAGCAGGAGACGGUCCUGACCAAACUCACCUCUCUCGCCCCCAUCCCUGACAGCACUGCUACGGUCUUGUUGGCGAGCACUACUAACCCACUGCGUUACCAGUCUCAGUUUGGUUCGGCGACUGCCCGGAAGGUGAGCACUGUUACUACCAAACCUUCUUACUAA